AGUGUUUGUCUUGAGAUGAGACAGCGGGGCAAAACUUGGUUGACGUAGCGCAGCAACAUCGUAUCAAAGUUGAUUAGCUGUAAAACAAAUUUAGCUCAUCCGGAACCUGUUUCUCUUAACGGUUACUUUAUUUAUGACCGUCGACAGAAGGAAAUAAAUUAUAUAUUUUUAUUUUUGGAUUCCGAGAGUCUUUAACGCAUGAAGCGCACGUAGUAAUGAAGAGCAAGUGAUCAACUGAUGCGUCAACAAAGUUUCCUUGUCUUCGUAGUAUAUAUAAGGGCGCCUUGUGGUUCUCCAGAAGAGCAUAACGUCUUUAUAUUUGAAAACACGGACUUGUUUUUAAGCCGGUAAGAAGAUUAAAGCCAUGACGGGUAGAGAGGACGAGUAUGACUAUCUCUUUAAAGUGGUUCUGAUCGGCGAUUCGGGCGUGGGCAAGAGUAACCUGCUCUCUCGCUUCACCCGCAAUGAGUUCAACCUGGAGAGCAAGAGCACCAUCGGGGUGGAGUUUGCCACACGCAGCAUCCAUGUGGAGGGCAAGACCGUCAAGGCCCAGAUCUGGGAUACGGCUGGACAGGAGAGAUACAGGGCCAUCACAUCAGCGUAUUACAGAGGUUCUGUAGGAGCCCUGCUUGUCUAUGACAUUGCCAAGCAUCUGACCUAUGAGAACGCCGAGCGCUGGCUGAAAGAGCUGCAGGAUCAUGCUGACAGCAAUAUUGUCAUCAUGUUAGUAGGGAACAAAAGUGACCUGCGUCAUCUGAGGGCCGUUCCCGUUGAUGAAGCCAAAGCAUUUGCAGAGAAGCAUGGACUUUCUUUCCUGGAGACCUCAGCGCUGGACUCUUCUAAUGUUGAACUUGCCUUUCAGACUAUUCUUACAGAAAUCUACCGUAUCGUGUCCCAGAGGCAGAUGUCAGGGCGUGGUGAUGACAGCUUCUCCCCCAGUGGUUCCAGAGUGGUUCCCAUUACCGUGCAGCCCACACAGAAUUCGGGCAAGCAGGGUGCCUGCUGUCAGAAUAACUGAGCUGCCACAGCACCACCAUGGGAUCUGGGGAGAAUCGUCAGCCUUGUUGGGCUGGGCUGCAAGGUUGACCAUGACCAUUGUGUUCCCUGCACAUUGAGUGCUUAAUGUAUGUAAUGGACUUGCUUAGUUAUGCCCAGAAUCAGUAAGUAAUAAUCUUCAAAUUUGGAGAGCAAGAGAUGAUGUUUAAAUUUAAUGGAUCAAGGAUUUUCUUAGAAA